CAACACACCAACUCUCGAACCCAAGCCGCUGGCAUCACCCGAUCCCGCGUGCUUGUAGUGCAGUCGAUCCUCACAGUUGGAAACUACGAAUACAUCUUCGCUUGGCACUUUUUCCAGAACGGCAACGUGGAGCUAGAAACUCGUGCGACGGGUAUCCUUUCGACUGCUCUGAUUGAUCCUGGGAAGACUUCGCCCUGGGGUAAUGUGGUUUCGCCGGGUGUUCUGGCACCUUUCCACCAGCACCUCUUCUCUCUACGAAUCGACCCCAUGAUUGACAGCCAGAUGAAUUCAGUCAUUCAAGAGGAUUCAGUACCCGUCCCGGAGGGUGAGGACAACCCAGAGGGCAAUGCCUAUGUCGUAGAGAAAACACCUUUCAUCAAAUCUGGGUUUAAGGAUGCCAGCCCCUUCACAAACCGUUGUUUCAAGAUGGUCAAUGAAUCUGUCAACAACCGCAUUUCAGGCAAUCCUGUUGGAUAUAAAUUGGUACCCCAGCCCUGCCAACUAAUCUUUGCGGGGAAAAACUCCGUGGCUCGCCGGCGCGCGCGCUUCGCUGAGCAUCACAUUUGGGUCACGCGCCACAACGACGGCGAUCUUUACGCAGGCGGUCGCUGGACAAUGCAAUCUAUCGAUGAGACCGACGGUUUGCAUGACUACGCCGCUCGAAAUGAAGACGUCCGCAACGAAGAUGUUGUGGUGUGGCACACCUUUGGCAUGACGCACAACCCACGGGUGGAGGAUUUCCCCGGUAUGCCAUGUGAGAUCAGUGUCAUAUCUCUCAAGCCGGCUGAUUUCUUUGAGGCAAAUCCUGCAAUUGAUGUGCCGCAGAGUACACAGAAGGUGAACAAGAGCGUGCUUAUUGGCGAUAGUGCGUCAUGUUGCCCUAAGCUUUGA